UACAAAGGGUUUUUACGGCGAUUGGCUUACCUUAGUCGGAGAUCUUCUCUUGGUUCUCGGUAAAGCACAACGCUCCCUGAUUGUUGCCAUUCCUUUCUUCCUGGACAGACAUCCAACAUGGGUAUAUCGAGAGAUCAUUGGCAUAAACGGCGUGCCACUGGUGGCAAGCGAGUCCAACCCCGUAAGAAGAGGAAGUUUGAGCUUGGUCGCCCCCCGGCAAUGACCAAGCUUGGUCCUCAGAGAAUCCAUACUGUAAGAACUCGCGGUGGUGGCAAAAAAUAUCGUGCUCUGAGAUUGGACACUGGUAAUUUUUCUUGGGCAUCUGAAGGUCAGGCACGAAGGACUCGUAUUAUUGAUGUAGUCUAUAAUGCCAGUAACAAUGAACUGGUCAGGACCAAGACUCUUGUGAAGAAUGCCAUCGUUGUUAUUGAUGCAACCCCUUUCAGGCAGUGGUAUGAAGCUCAUUAUGCCUUGCCUCUUGGACGGAGAAACAAGAGCCGCCUGUCUGCAGCUGAGGAGAAUGUGAUCAACAAAAAGAGAUCCAAGAAGACCCAGAAGAAAUACAUUGAACGUCAAAAAAAGGCAAAGGUGGAGCCCGCUCUUGAAGAGCAGUUCUUGACUGGACGUGUUCUAGCUUGUAUUGCCUCCCGGCCUGGUCAGUGUGGACGGUGUGACGGGUACAUAGUGGAGGGUAAAGAGCUUGAGUUCUAUCUCAAGAAAAUAAAAAGCAAAAAGAAUAAGUAAGAAUAAUAAAGCUCCAAUUGUG